GUACAUGCUGGACAAGCAGAUGAGCGAGGCCAGGAUCGGCGUCAGACGUGUUGCCGUCGUCAUGACGGACGGCGACUCCCACAGGAAGGACCUGACACGUGAGCAGGCCGGCAGGGCCCGGAACUCCGGCAUUCAGGUCUUUGCCGUCGGCAUCGGGAAGGUCUCACACGAGGAGCUGCACAACAUCGCUAGCGAGAGCAGAAACGUUCUCUUUGUUGACCGAUUUGAUCAGCUACGUGAUGUCCUAUCUAAGCUUUUGUACGAGACCUGUGAUGUUAUACCUAAACCACCCUGCAAGUCGGAACCAGCAGACAUCGCCUUCCUCAUCGACUCGUCCGUGUCGGUUAAGCUCGACAACUUUAAGCUCGGGCUCAGCUUCAUUGAGGAGUUCAUCCAAGACUUCACCAUCAACCCGAACACGGUGCGCAUCGCUGCGGUCAUGUUCUCUGACAAGGUGCACGACGACAAGGUCAUUCACUUCAAUUCAUUCAAUAACAAACAAGACACCAUCGAUGCUAUUCAAGCCUUCGACUGGAGACACGGUGGUCGUACUGAAACUGGUCUUGGCAUCCAAUACCUGAUCGACAAUUUCUUGCCCUCUGCCAGAAGUCACGCCGCUCUCCUCGGGAUCGUCAUAACUGACGGGGGACAGUCAGAACAGGAGGGCUACAGCAGCUGCCGCAAAGAGAGCGAGGGACAGUGGAUUCACCAUGAUAGCUGUUGGUGUGGGUGGAGAGCAACAGAUUGGCUACGAGGAGCUGGAGAACAUAGCAGGGAGCCGGGACCGUGUGCUGACAGCCACAGACUAUGCCAGGCUCAACCUCAUCCGUCAGCAGCUCAUCGACGUUACCUGUAUUCAAGUGGCCGCCAGCCAAGCAAUCAGAGUAAAUGCUCUUAAAGGUUAAUUUCUUCCCAUGUGACGUGUACAGUUACCAUGACAACCACCAGUUACCAUGACAACCACAGACCUUCAUUUGAUCACUGAUCGACUUUCAUGUGAAAACACAUUGUAUUGAUGACCUAUGCAUUGUUUACUUGUAUUGAUUAACCAUGUUUUAUUUUUUGGCAAAGAAUCUCUGUUCCAUUAGGUUAACAUUUGUACGAACUCAAGUUAUGAAUGUUGACACUUUUAAAUGAGUGGUAGAUCUAGUCCUAUAAUAAACAUGGGACAGGUUCGCUCUUAUCCAGUUCAUGCCAUUAUUAAUGUGUGUAUGUGUGUGUAAAGUCCUUAGUAAAAACAGCAACAAUUUUUUUUUUUACUUCCAUCUUGUAUUGAGUUUAUAAGAGAUAGCAAAAACAAUUCUCUAAAUGACUAAACGUGUAGGAUUUUGGUGCUUGAAUUCAACAAAAACAAAAACGGAUAAUAGACUAUUGUGUCACUUUGUCGACAGCGUUUAUUACUCAUUGUUAGAGUAGGCCUACUAAAAAUCACCAAAGAGAAUCUAGGUCUUCUUGACAAAAUUAAAAACAUCUUUUUUUAUUUUAUUUUUAAUUUGCUAAAAGUUUAAAUUAAAUGUAAAGUUUAGUAUUAAAAAUAAAUUGAAUGCUCUUAUUGUUUGAAAAUGUGUACUUUAUGAUGUAAAUAAAAAUGUAUUACAUGCAA